CUCGCCUAGUUCCGGUGCUGACGUCGGCAGGAGCCUGUUAUUGCUGAGGCGGCGGCGGCGGUUCGAGUGCGCAACGGGCACCGGCUCAGGAUGGCGUACGCUUACCUCUUCAAGUACAUCAUCAUUGGGGACACAGGUGUGGGCAAGUCAUGUUUAUUACUACAGUUUACAGACAAGCGAUUUCAACCUGUACAUGAUCUUACCAUUGGUGUAGAAUUUGGUGCUCGAAUGAUAACCAUCGAUGGAAAACAAAUAAAACUUCAGAUUUGGGAUACUGCUGGGCAAGAAUCUUUCCGUUCCAUCACAAGAUCUUACUACAGAGGAGCUGCUGGUGCCUUGCUAGUUUACGAUAUUACAAGACGGGACACUUUCAAUCAUUUGACAACUUGGUUAGAAGAUGCUCGCCAGCAUUCCAACUCCAACAUGGUCAUUAUGCUCAUUGGAAAUAAGAGUGACUUAGAAUCAAGACGCGAAGUGAAGAAAGAUGAAGGGGAAGCUUUUGCAAGAGAGCAUGGCCUCAUUUUUAUGGAGACUUCUGCAAAAACUGCUUCUAAUGUUGAAGAGGCAUUUAUUAACACAGCGAGGGAGAUCUAUGAGAAAAUACAGGAAGGAGUCUUUGACAUAAAUAAUGAGGCAAAUGGAAUCAAAAUUGGACCGCAGCACGCUGCUACCAAUGCGUCACAUUCAGGCAGCCAUGGAGGGCAACAGGCUGGUGGAGGUUGCUGUUGAGAUUGCUCAGUUAUCUAUCUGCUUGAUUUGGGCCUAUUACCUUUCACCCUCUCCUACACCAGUCCAAAACAUGAAGCCAUUAAUAUAUGGUUUAUAUAAUAGGAGAUAUCUGGGAAGUCCUUCAUAAACCUUGUAAAACUUGUCGUACAUACUGUUCUCAGCAGAAAGCUAAUAUUUGCUUAGACAGGAUUUGAAAAUUGUACUCUUACCUAUUUACAGUUUUUUUUCUGGUUGUUCUUUUGUCUACUUUGCCCUUGACUACAAAAUGAAUUGUAUUAAACACUACAAAUCACAUCUGAAUAUUUUAAUUGUGUGGGUUAAAAUUCCUAUUACUGUUGUUUCAUAACAUCAAACUGUAAAAGCUGUCAAAUUUCAAAUGCUGUGGCGAAUUGCUAGAGGACUGUUUUAAUUCUGUAUUUAUCAUCCACUUUGUGUAUAUAUAGUUCAAAUACAAGCUUGGGGCGUAUGUUGGCCAAGCUGAAACCCCUUCAUAGUUAAGCAGACCAUCAGUGUCUUCUAAACUACUUCAGCUUAAAAUGCCAGUAUUGUUCUAGACUAAAGCUUUGUCUAUUCUGAGUUUGAGAUGGUUUGACUUUUGGUCUCGAUACUACAUGCUUUCCCUCCCCAUGCUACCACCGCAACCCUAAGUCCGUAACACGCAAAUGUAACUCCUGGUAAAUGUACAUUGUUAGAAAUUUCAUAUCAUCUGUUUUAAUGCCAAAUUGUCUAUUUUGCUUCUUUAGAGCACCCCAACAGAAAUGGAUCAGUGGUUUGCCUUAAAGAAUAGCUUAAGAUUAAAACAAAUGGCAGCUGAAAGAAAGUUCUUUUGUUUUGUUUGGGAUGGUGCAUUAAAAAAAGUAGAUAUUUUUUCUCAUUACACAAUACAUUUUUAUCUGCAUGUAUUUCUUUGAUUAGUAAAUUUCAACACUAGCUUUAAAAUUAGAUGUAAAAGUGGUGUAAAGCAUUUCUUUCAUUGUAGUCUAUUCUGUUUUCAGUGAAGAUUUGUUUAUUGUACAGGGGUGAUAAACUUAAUAAACCUGCCAAAAUGAAACAACCUGACAAACUGAACAGGCUAUAGUUCUGUGAACCCAAAUCUAUACACAGUCAAUAAGGUAUUGUUUAUAAGCCAAGACUAUUUAAAUUGAAUGGUGGUCUUAAACAUUAAAUGAGCUUGUCAUUUUUUCAUACUAUCAAAUAUGGCUUUAAUUUUGGGCAAUUUUUUAAUUGUAUUGGAAAGUACUUGGCUAAUCAGCAAAGCUGGUUUAAGAUAAACGAGCAGUGAGGAAGCAGUAUGUUGAAGGGAAUGAGGUAAAAUUACAAUGAUAUGGUUGCCAAUAAGAACAUAUUCAACACUGAUCUCUAGUUAGAAAUGUCACUCCUUACAACAGCAUCUGCAUGAUUCUGUUUUCAAUUUGAAAUAAGAAAAGCAGUUCCAGAACAGCUGACAACCUUACUAUGGUUGUCGGCAUUUAAUAUUGCCCUAGGGUGCUGUUCAGUUAAGGCCUUUUGCCUGCUAUGGUGUUCACAUCUGUCACUUAUUCAAAUGCAGGUAAGUGAAUGUAGCCAAAGGCUGCUAACAUUUUCGAGUAGGAUCAUUAAAAUAUUAUGCUAUGGUUUGUUUUUUUAACCACGCUACGAAUCGGUAUAAAAAGGUAAAUAUUUUAGCAUCUAAUGUUUUAACAGAGUAAAAUACAUCAUGGAAUUUCAGAUGUUGCUUAGACUUCGCAAAAUCUUACAUCCAUAAGAGCUGCUUCAAUGUCCUCUCACCAUGCAAGUUUUUAAACAGUAAAUUCAUGCUCAAAUAAUUUUGUUUUGAAACAUGAAGAAAAGGAAAGAAGAAAUCUUGAAUUCUGCUUGAUUUUUCGGAGAGUGCUGAGUGGAUACAAGGUGUCUAUCCUUUGCUCUCAAAAAGUAUCAUUCAUUAAACUUUAAUUGUGACUUCCUCAGUGUUCCAGUGUUGAAAUGAUAGGGAUAGCACAGCUAAAUACAAUCCUGUUUAAUUUCUGGUCUGCUCCUUGUGGAAAUGCUUCUGGAAGCAAAGUAAUUCUUUCUGUCCCACACGUUAUUAUAAUAGGUACCAUUUUUGUCCCAUUUUACAAAUUGUGAAAUAUUUUGUUUUCAAAGUGACUUCACCUAGUGGUGUGACUAACUGUAGAAAAGUAACCUCUACAAGGUUUCCAGUUGUCUAGUAAUCUACUGCUGGUACAGGAAGGCUGGGGUUUGGUGUCGUGAACUUUUGGUGGAGUAUCUUGUUAACAUUUGCUGUCAUUAACCACUUGUAAUAUUCUGUACAAGUAACAGUUCACAUUGUAACUUAUUAAAAACUGUUCAAAUUCAUAAUUGCCAUUACCCAAAGUUCAUGUUGCGAGAAGCUGUAACUAAUUCGCAAUCUAUUUAUGGAUUUUGAGUUUUCUAUCUAAUAGUUAUUGAGGCAUUGGUCUCUCAGGAAGCCAAAUGUAGUUCUGCUUUGAGUUAAACUUUGUAAACUGAGGGUUAUAAAAUACAAAGGAUUCAGGUCGGGUGCGAAAUUGUAGAUUUUUUAAAUGAACAGUAGUUUUCUUAAAUUCAUGAAUCACCACCUGGGGUAAUACCUGGAAAACUGGGGUAUGUGGUUAAGGGUGAAAUGCAUUGAAAGUAAUGCAUUGCAUACUUAUCUCACGGUGAUCUUUAGUCAUAUUAUUGAAUUUAAGAUAAUGUGUAUCUUUGAAAGUGCUCAAGUAUCACUAUUUAGUGGAUUGUGUUAAUUGUACAUAAAGUUCAGUCUUGGGAAAUAAGGGCUUGGCAUCAUAUGGAAUUAUUGUAUGAAUGUCUGCAAUAGUAAACUGGCUUCCUUUGCAGUUUGAAUGGUGGUGGACAAUUAAAUAACUAACCCAAAAAAAAGCAUCCUCUAUGAUGGAGGAGGCACGCAAAUCAGUACCAAAACCAUUCCACCACCAUGGAUGCUAAUCAUUGCCAGUUUGAUUUAUUUCAUUUGCUAUCAAAAAACAACUAAACACCGGAUAGAACAAAGGCUGAGUUCUGACAAUGCGACAGUCAUAUUACUGAAGAACUGUGGUCCAAACCCCUCACUAAAUCUAGCAAUAUCAGCAAGGCAUUCAAUAAUGUUGAAAAUUGCUUAUGGUCUGGCUCUUACUUUCCAUAUUUCUCUGAACUACUGUAAUUGGAUAGCCCUCUGAAAACCAGAGCAUAACAGUGGGCUGAAGGUUUCCUUCUGUAAAAUUCUUAUUCCAGGAAAUUCUAAUCAGUCUAAUUUUUGUUGAGAUGUAACAGUCUUUCGAUCCAUUUUCUCAGUUCUAGACUACCCUAUGCUCUUUCCAUUGUAACUGUGUCUAUUAAAUGAGUAAGAUCCUGAUUCUAGCCAUUUCCGUGCCAACACAUUCUAGUUUUGGCUCACCAUUUUUAAAUAGAAUAAGUAAUUAUCUUUCAAGUAGUCUUUCAAAUUUACUUGGAAGUAUUUUCAAAAUCACAAGGUAUGUUAUUGACUUCCCACUGUUCAAAAAUGGUUGUUACAGCACUGUAUUUCAACACUUUUUAGUUAUUGACUCAAGUUUUACUUGUAAUGAUACGCUCAAAUGUUGAAAUUUAGAGGGUGUUCACUCAUUAGUUAUGCGAAUUUGACCAUCCUUGUUUGCACUUUUUCUAAGCUUUCAUAUUAGCGUUGCACCAUACACUUCUGUCAACCUUUUCCUCAACCUCCAUAAAUGUAGUGUGUUUGUGUGCAUACUCCACUUUGGGCACAGGUACAUUCCAAUGUGUAUUUUUCCAUAGCUUAGUUCGGUGAUUUGACCAUAAUGGGUUUUCACCUGUCAGACAAACUACGCAGCUGGAGCAUUUGAAAUAAGUAAAGGACUUGUAUAUGUGUAAUCAUGUGAAAUAAAGUUGAUCCUAAAAUA